GUCGAGGCCCGGGAGCUGGCCCACCACCGCCGUGCCACGCAGGGGCGGCUGGAGGACCUCCGCGCGAGGAGCGCGGAGCUGGAGGCCCGCUGGGCUGACAUCUCGACCGAGGCCGACGACGCCCUCCGAAGGGCUGAUGAGGCCAAGCAGCAGGCGGCUUUGCUACGCAAGGCCCUGGAGGAGAAGGACGCCAAAGUCAGGAAGGGCGAGGAGGCAAAGGAGCGCAGCCUGGCGCAGAAGGCCGAGGCCGACCGGCGGCGCAGGGAGCUGGAGGCGGCCUUCGAGGAACAGCUGCAGCGCGAGGUCAGUCAGAAG